AUGACAUACAAGCGGAAAAAGUAUCAUACUGGUGACACUCAUCUUAAAAAAAGGUGGAGAGUGAGAAAUAGAAAGAAGGACCUCGAUCAAAUUGAUGAGGAUCUAAAAGAAGGUAAAUCUGAGAAGCUAUUGAAUCAAGAUGUAGACUUAGAUCUUCCUGGUGCAGCCCAACACUAUUGUUUACAUUGUGCGAGAUAUUUUGUCGACGAGCAAGCUCUAAACGAACAUUUCAAAACAAAGGUUCAUAAGCGAAGAUUGAAGGCCCUAGAAUUAGAACCGUAUAGCAUUGAAGAGUCUGAACGCGCGGCAGGUCACGGAAACUUCAAGCAGGCUGUCAAAAGGAAAAUAGUUACACAAAACACUGAGAAACCAACAGAUGAAGAUGUUAAGAAAAUAUUGAGCAAGGUGUGGGACAGUAAAAUCACAUCAAGGAGAAACUCGGCUUUAUUUGUAAAUGGUGCGAAAGCCACUGAACAUUUUAUAUAUCUCACACCUCACAUUGACUUUGCUGAAAGAUUACAAAAAAGGGAGCAGUUACAGAAAGUAUUACAGUUAAGAAAAUCUAAUAUUGUUUUGGAGAAUGUUGAAAGUCUUUGGCAAGUGUAUGAGGAUCUUAACACUAAAAAAGAAGAGUAUUCUAAGAGGAAAGAAGAAAUAUCCAGAGAGUUAGGUAAGCUCAUCAAAAAUGAUCCAGACAGUAACACCACAAAAAAGUUUAAAAUUCAGAGUGAUCUUAUUAAAGACAAUUUAAAAAAAUUAAAAGCCCCCUUGUGGUCUGCUGAGGAAGCUGCUAUAAUUGAAGUUUUAAAAUUACCAAACAAUUUGCAUAACCGAACACCAAAUGAAGAAAAGAAAAUAAUACACACUUACUUACAUAGACCAGACAAUAACAAAGACCAUCUCAAAAUAGGAAGAGAACUAAAUCUUAUUGAAUUAAAAAAAAAUGAGAAUUACUACCUGAAGGGCAAUGCUGCUAUUUUUGAACUGGGUGCAAAAUUUUAUUUCAGUAAAGUAUUGAGAGAAAAUAAGUUUGUGCAGUUUUCAAAUCCUGAUUUCGUCAAAAGUUUGAUAGUAGAAGGUUGUGGGCAAGACCACACCAGCGCAGACAACACUUUCAUCUUGCACCAUGAUGAAGAUUCUAAAGUGAAUGUUGACAGCCGAAUGCAUUUAACCGGAGGAGGGUCACUUUGUUCUUUUUUAGCGUAUCAUGCCAAAAAUAUUCUUUAUCCAAAAGUUCUGCCAUUUAAGUAUUUUACAAUGGGCAGACAGUAUGUACCAGCACCUUCAGAAGAAGACAGUCUAUUCCACGUUAGUCAAUCCUCAGUUAUAGAAAUGUUUGGUGCAGCCAAAAGCGCUGAAGACCUUGAUCAAAUGCUUGAUAGUUUGGUAGAAUUAUUGAAAAAUACAUACAGUAAACUUGGAUAUCAUUUUCGGUUGAGUUUAAUUCCUGCUGAUAAACUAUUCAUGUGGGAAUCACAUAGGGUAGUUGCAGAAAUGUAUUCUACAUCUUUGAAAGAUUACAUUGAAGUUGCUAAUGUGUCUCUAAGUGGAGACUUUAUAAGCAAAAGACUUAUGUUAACAUAUGUCGAGAACAAACAAAAUAAGUUUCCCCAUAUAAUAUCUGGUACACUGUUGAAUGUGCCCAAAUUUUUAGGGUGUGUUUUAGAGCAUGAUGCUGAUUUUUCUGUACCCAAACUAUUUAAAGUCGAAAAUUGGACUUUGUAA